UCCUAAAAUUUUGGAACAAACACAUCAAUACUUGCCCUUCUGCUCAAAUCUUAUCGGUCGGUCUUAUCUUCACUUUCGUCGAUUGUUUACUCCCCGCUCGACGUACAGUAAAAUGAAUGUAGCGCAUGAACGUUUGGCUGUGUGUGUGCCAGUGGACGGAGGAAUGAAGCUAACAUAUCAAAACAAACAAUUUGGCGCCAUGUGCUUACGGUAGCACAGUUUGCUACACUUUCCCGUUGGUUGGACAGAACGGAUGAUAAAGGCAGCCAAAUGAUCCGAACUCAACCACCUAGAAAGUCGAAGGACCCAAAAAGGCAAACCAGCGUCAAUGGCAGCCGGGCAAAGAAAGAACCAAAAGCAAGGACUCAGCAAAAGACGGACAACCAAGCGUUCAAUGGUGAGGCCGAGCAAGGCGUCGGCGAGACUGAAGCUCCGAUAAGUCGUCAGGUGAAACACUCUGCAAUCGAACCGAUUAUACUACACCAAGCCGGCAAUCCGGGUCCAUCCUUUCUGACGCACAAUGCGCAUCACACUAUACUGCAGCUUCCGGCGCAACUGAAUGUAAUCGAGAAGGACACACUGUUCAGUCACUUCAAACCAACGCGCCCGUUUACCGCUGCCCAUCCGAUGCCGCUGCAUACGACGCCCGGGUUAGGGCCGACGACGCCCGAUCUGAUGGUACGCGCGCUACACACCAAGCACGCCUAUCACCGUGAGCUUGAAGGGCUCGAAAAACGGUACGAAAACGUUACGGCUGACCAUCCGCUGGACCCGAGUGCGGGGGAGAAUAUGCAGCACACGGUGGCCGUUGUUUACGCGGCCCUACUUGAUCGGGAUCCCGAUCCGUACCUGCAGGUAGGCACAGGGUACGAUUAUCAUUUUACCGGUGGUACGUUGGUGGCGCGACAGGCGCACAGAUCCAGUGAGUCAGGAUGUAUCGCUACGCUGUUCAAAAGCAUUGGAGCAAGCCUUGAAGAUGUGGAAGUGUUGCGUGUCGAGGUAGCGAAGGAGGAUGAUCUUCAUUGCCAUGGUGAUUUGAAGGUGAGCGACAGGCAAGCGUGUCCUACCGGUUAUGGCGGUCCAAUACUUGAAAUCGUACCGGAUGAUGGUGGCAACAGUGUGGUGCUGGUAAGAAAGCGAAACGUUAUUAUUGUGCUGCGUGAGGUAGAAACCGACCCGAGCGGAGCUAAAGAAUGGCGGGCAGUACAAAAUGUCUUCUCCACCAACCCAUUGGCAAGCGUUUGCUUCGUAUCGGCGUCACCAGCACAAUGCCCCGGUACAAUCAUACUCUGCACAACCGACUAUCGGCGGCAGCUUCAGCUGUGGACCGUCGGCGAUGAGGAGGAAAGCUGCGAGGAUAUUGUGGAGCUACCGAAACUGUCGCCCGUUAAUGGGACUGGCGCCAAGCAUCGUCCCGAUGAUAAGUGGUCAGCGGUGCGUUGCGUGGAUCGUAACCAUUUGCUGGUGGCGUGUCUCGAUCGCAGAACAGUUCACUUUUACGGUAUCGAACGCAAUGCACCAACGGACGAUGAUCCUGACGAUCCGGACCUGUACCGGCUCGUACACCGGGGCGCUAUGGAACUUUCCCGGUGGACGUACGAGUGUGAACAAUGUUGCGCACUGGAGGUAACACCAUCGGAACGGCUGCUUUUCAUAGCCACCAGUCACAAACUUAUUGUGGGAAAGUUGGAAGGAGGCGACCCAUCUGCACCGGACGCAAACAUCGGUUUAACGGUUCUGCUCGUAUUCACCCACAAUCUAAAGCAGCGACCGGUCUUUAUCAGCCACCAGUGCGAGGAUGCGAGUGCCGAGUCCGACAAACAACACCAUUUCGUGUUGUUCGGUAGCCAUCUGCCGAUGGGCUAUGGUGUGGCACAUUUCACUCGCAUAGCGAACGGCACACCUUUACCGGUAUAUGCUGCCCGCCACUAUCCUUAUCACCCACCGACGUUCCACGACAGUUACAAGCUAGCACAAACACGAGGAUGCUGUAUAAGCGCUUACCAACCACUGCAAAAACGGUUCGAUGCCUGCCAAUCCGGUGCGGUGUUAAUACGACGAAUGCCAGCCGAUGACGAAACGGGCGACCAACAACGGUUACACAUCCUUUUGCAAACAUCGGCCGGCGAUUUGUUACAGCAACGGCUCACGUACAACUUCGACCGUGACGAAGAGCCCGUUGCUGAUCAUGCAAACGCUACGGAGCAGACACGCAGGAUGGCAACCGUUUUGCAGCGCUGGCACGAAAUGUUGGUGAGACAGGCGGGCCAGCUGCCGUACCGUGUCACCAGCUUUAAGCCGAUGGUCAAAUUUCGCGACAUUUUCAACUGUCCCGUUGGUGGGAACGAACUGAAGCGGAUACUAUACUUAACGCCGAAAAUGAAAAGGAAAAGAAGACGGACAAAAAAAGCUGGCGGAAGCGAGGAGCCGGGAGCGGGUCAAAGUGAGCAAGAGGACAACGACGGUGACGACGACGAUUACGACGAGCAGCAGCCUUCUACGUCCAGCUGGCAAAUGAAACGUUCCGUGGAGAGAAGGCGUCGUAAGCAUGGUAACGAGGCGCCACCGAUACCAUGGCGACAGACGGUCGAACAGCUGCAACAGUACCGGGAUGUGCUUGCGCCCGCAAUGCUUGCCGUGUGGGGUGUUGGAGAUGCUGCCAAUAUGCCCAGUCAGGCCACGAAUGUGGAGCAGAUCCCGACCAAACUACCACCGCUGGCGGACGUCAAUGAGCGUGUUGGAAGCUGGGUAAAUGGUACUAUUACAGCGGGCCACGACGAUGAGCAUGACUCGGCGGUCGAUUCGGACGAUGGUGGUGCGGCCAAACGAAGGAGAAUAGAGACGGACAGGAUGCCGGCAACGCAGGAGGAUACGGUCGCCGACGAGAGGGAUUUGUUUUCGCCGCCAUUCACAUCGACACAGCAGUCACAAACGCUAACCGGGUCCCAGCUCUCCCAGACGGGCCGCCGAGUGCCGCGGAAAAUGUAUUCAAAAGGAUUCUAAAAACAAAACAAAAAGCAAUCGCAAUGUAGUUGGUUUGGUUUGUUUGUAAUUGUUUCUUUUCUGAUGAAAGAUUUAAAUUUAUUAUUUCGUUAUUUACCAAUAUAUAUAGACCUUUAUAUAUAUACUCGUGUUUUAUAAUUAUAUAUAUAAACUAUUGUUUUAUUAUUUCUUAUCCUUUGCAUUCACGCUCUCCCUCCUCCCUCCUCCCAAUUUGCUCGAUUCUCUCGCGGACUUAACAUACUUUUCACUCGCGCACACAUUCUCACAAUCACACACACACAUGCACACGUGUAGAGCAAUGGGCGGCAGGAUCGCCGUCGUCGCCGCCUGCUCCUGUCCGUCGUGUUUUCUUCUCAUUUCGCAUGCGUUUGCUGCUUUCUUUUAAUCUGAGCUGCGAGAGGAAACGCGCAUUUGUUUUGUUGGAUGCUGUUCGCACCGCAUCUCCAACCGCAUAUUUGUGUCGUUUGUCUCGUUUUUUUUUUACUAUAAGAUUUUGUUUUAACCUUUUUGUUGCUGUUGCUAUUUUACAUAUCUCACAGUCCGAAUGGAACCAGAACACACAAAGAGCCCCGCUUUAGAUUUAUCAUAUAAAACAAUUCGAUUUCGUGUGUUGCUUCGCUCUGGAUGCAGCUCGAUUGAAGCCGAUAUCGGCCAAUUUCACUCCCCCGUAACAACACACACACACACAUUUGGUUCACCACCUGCCCGUUCGGUCGCGUGUUCUGUACAUGUUCAGGCGUCGUUCAAGCCAAAAACCCGAGCGCCCGUUGUAUUAUGCGAGCGAUCAGGUAGAACGCCUCAGCGCCGGGAGGAUGCUCCUCUAGCGUGGAUGGAAAUCAUCCCAUCUGAGGCUGAGGUUCGCCCCGGAGUCCCAUGCCCAGUGCGGUUAGGCCAGCGACUGAAAAGCGGCUAAAGAGCUUGGGGAAACACGACGACAAAACGAAAACCAACACGUCCUUUACAACUACUACUGGCUAGGCUUCCGUCCGCCUUGUGUCGCAACGCGCUUCAUACAAGAAGUUCAAUACUAUUUUAUACUCUAGAGUGUAGUGCACUUUGUUUUAUUGCUGAUUUGACUGCUGCUGGCAAAUGUGUAUGUGUGUGUGUGUGAGUUUUGUUUGGUUCAGUAUUGAGCGGGUCAAAUCAGAAUCAGCAAAUCAGAAGUAAGCCAUGACACCCAUGAACCAGUGGAAGGGGAAAACAUCUUCUAUUCGUUGCAUAGGUGUGUGUGUGUGUGUUCGCAAAAUGUGAAAGAAACACACACACACACACAAAAUCAGAAAUACAGGAACUAUCUAACAUUCUUGUUCUAGAUCGUUGCCACUUUCUACUCACAUUGCAAUCAUCCGGGACAGCAAAAUUCGACUAAACACGCAAAAUCCGUAAAAGCAGCAUAUUAAACCUAUCAGAAGGCAGAAUAUAAUGUAGGAAAUUAGGAUCCGAAA